AUGUUUGACGGCUGCCUCCUGCCCCUCGUCGUGCCCUGCCUGCUGCUCUGCGGACUGGACGCCGGCACAGCUGGCGGAGCGGAGCUGGAAGUGGUGAUCCCGGAGCGAGUGCCGCUGGAGAAGAUCCACCUGCUGCCGCCCGGAGGGGAUCGCGGCGGCCCCCGGCGCCGGCGGGCAGCGGCGGAGCAGGACGAGAAGGAGGAGGAGGCUGUGCUGCUCCGCCUGCCCGCCGCCGGCGCCGAGCUGUACCUGCACCUCCGCCGCGACCUGCGCUUCCUGGCCCGGGGCUUCGCGGUGGAGCAGCGGCGCGGGGAGGCGCGGCGGCCCCCGCGGGAGCGGCUCUGCUUCUACUCGGGACACGCUCUGAACCGCAGCGACUCCUUCGCCUCCCUCAGCACCUGCGCCGGGCUGGUUGGCUACAUCCAGCUUGGGUCAGAGCAGCUGCUGAUCCAACCUGUGAAUGCAUCUGAGAGCUCCUUCAGUGGGAAGGAACAUUUCAUCAGGCGCAGACGAUCCACCAAGCCCAGCCACCCCUCCAGGCCCCAGGGCCCUGAGGAGCCCUGCAAGGUUGUGGCAGAAAAGAAGAGGCAGAAGAAGGUGAAGGCCACGAGCGACUGGCGGGAGCGGAGGAACGCAAUCCGCCUCACCAGCGAGUACACGGUGGAGACGCUGGUGGUGGCAGAUGCUGACAUGGUGCAGUACCACGGAGCUGAGGCUGCCCAAAGGUUCAUCCUCACUGUUAUGAAUAUGGUGUACAACAUGUUCCAGCAUCAAAGCCUGGGAAUUAAAGUGAACAUUCGAGUGACCAAGCUAGUCCUGCUCCACAGUCGCCCUACAAAGUUGUCCAUCGGGCAUCAUGGAGAGAGAUCUCUGGAGAGCUUCUGUCAGUGGCAAAAUGAAGAAUAUGGUGGGGCAAAAUACCUUGGUAACAACCAGGUUCCUGGUGCCAGGGAUGACACCCCUCCUGUGGAUGCUGCUGUUUUUGUGACCAGGACAGAUUUCUGCGUGCACAAAGACGAGCCUUGUGACACUGUGGGAAUUGCUUACCUAGGAGGCGUCUGCAGUGCCAAGAGAAAAUGUGUUCUUGCUGAAGACAACGGUCUCAAUCUGGCAUUCACAAUUGCACAUGAACUUGGGCACAACAUGGGGAUGAGCCACGAUGAUGAUCAUCAGCCCUGUGCUGGGAGGUCUCACAUCAUGUCUGGAGAAUGGGUGAAGGGCAGGAACCCAAGUGACCUUUCCUGGUCCUCCUGCAGCCGAGACGACCUCGAAAACUUCCUAAAGUCCAAGGUGAGCACCUGUCUGCUGCUGACCGACCCCCGCAGCCAGUACUCGGUGCGGCUCCCUCACAAGCUGCCCGGCAUGCACUACAGCGCCGACGAGCAGUGCCAGAUCCUUUUUGGCACCAACGCCACCUUCUGUAAGGAUAUGGAGCAUUUGAUGUGUGCUGGGCUCUGGUGCCUGGUGGAAGGAGACACAUCCUGUAAGACAAAGUUGGAUCCCCCUCUGGAUGGCACCGAAUGUGGCGCAGACAAGUGGUGCCGAGCUGGGGAGUGUGUCAGUAAAACCCCCAUCCCUGAGCACGUGGACGGUGACUGGAGCGUGUGGAGCCCCUGGAGCAUGUGCAGCCGGACGUGCGGAACAGGCGUGCGCUUCAGGCAGCGGAAAUGUGACAACCCCCCCCCAGGGCCGGGUGGGAAGAACUGCCGGGGAGCCAGCGUGGAGCACACGGUGUGUGAGAACCUGCCCUGCCCCAAAGGGGUGCCCAGCUUCAGGGACCAGCAGUGCCAGGCCCACGACAGGUACACCAACAAGAAGAAAAGCCUCCUGACAGCUGUCAUCGUGGAUGAUAAGCCAUGUGAGCUCUUCUGCUCCCCACUGGGCAAGGAUUCUCCUGUGCUGGUGGCAGACAGAGUGCUGGAUGGAACUCCCUGUGGGCCCUAUGAGACAGACCUCUGUGUACAUGGCAAGUGCCAGAAAAUUGGCUGUGAUGGGAUCAUUGGCUCAGCUGCCAAAGAGGAUCGCUGUGGGAUCUGCAGUGGAGAUGGGAAAACCUGCAAGGUGGUGAAAGGAGACUUCAACCACACCAAGGGCAUGGGUUACAUCGAAGCUGCUGUGAUCCCUGCGGGUGCCCGGCGGAUCAGAGUGGUUGAGGACAAACCUGCUCACAGCUUUCUGGCUUUAAAAGAUUCCAGUAAGAGAUCCAUUAACAGCGACUGGAAAAUUGAGCUUCCUGGUGAGUUUCAGAUCGCAGGCACCACUGUCCGGUACGUGCGAAGGGGGCUGUGGGAGAAAAUCUCUGCCAAAGGACCAACUAAAAUACCACUGCACUUGAUGGUGCUGUUAUUCCACGACCAGAAUUAUGGAAUUCAUUAUGAAUACACCAUCCCUGUAAACUAUACUGCUGAAAACAGAAGUGAGCCAGAAAAGCAACAGGACUCCUUGUACAUCUGGACACACAGUGGAUGGGAAGGAUGCAGUGUGCAGUGUGGAGGAGGUGAGAGGAGAACCAUCGUGUCCUGCACUCGGAUCAUUAACAAGACCAUGACACUGGUGAAUGACAGUGACUGCCAGCGAGUGACCCGCCCCGAGCCCCAGGUCAGGAAAUGUAACACACACCCCUGCCAGUCACGGUGGGUGACUGGCCACUGGAGUCCCUGCUCUGCCACGUGUGAGAAGGGAGUGCAGCACCGGGAGGUCACUUGUGUCUAUCAGCUGCAGAACGGCACCUACGUCAACACCAGGGACCUCUACUGCCUGGGCAGCAAACCUGCCACGGUGCAGAGCUGUGAGGGCAGGGACUGCCUGUCCAUCUGGGAAGCAUCAGAGUGGUCAAAGUGCUCAGCAGACUGUGGCAGGGGAAUUCAGAAAAGAACAGUGACGUGCACAAACUCCCAAGGGAAAUGUGAUGCAGCCACCAGGCCGAGAGACGAGGAGGAGUGUGAGGAUCACACCGGCUGCUACGAGUGGAAAACAGGAGACUGGUCCAAGUGCUCCUCCACGUGCGGCAAGGGGCUGCAGUCGCGGGUGGUGCAGUGCAUGCACAAGGUGACCGGGCGCCACGGCAGCGAGUGCCCCGCGCUGGCCAAGCCCGCAGCCUACAGGCAGUGCCACCAGGAGGUCUGCAACGACAGGAUCAACGUCAACACCAUCACCUCGCCCAGGCUCGCUGCCCUCACCUACAAGUGCACGGGGGACCAGUGGACAGUGUACUGCAGGGUGAUCCGGGAGAAGAACCUGUGCCAGGACAUGCGGUGGUACCAGCGCUGCUGCCAGACCUGCAGAGACUUUUAUGCAAACAAGAUGCAGCAGAAGAGUUAAUGAAGCUGUGCCUCUCCUUAGAGUCUUCCAGCUGUUUGUAUGGAAAUCACAGACUAGUAGGUCUGAGUACUGGAACUUCAUGAGUUGCUACAGCGUGGUGGAUCCCAAAGCACACCUAAUGAGACUUGAAACUAAUCCUACAGACUGGAUACCAAAGUCAUCUGCUCAUCCACCUUAAAAAAACACACAGAAAGGGUCAUCUCAAGGAGCCAAUCAUUUCUGAAUAUUUUGACAUCCUCACAUUUUUCCUUAAUGCUUUUUUAAUAUAUUAAAUCACCAGCCACUGGACGGCUUGCUACCAUUAAAGAAAAGGACAAGAGUUGCAAAGUGAUUACAUUGGAUAAGGUUAUGGGUACCUCCAUGGAGGGAGGCCUCUGGCAAAAUAAUUCAGCAAAGGUAGAGACAUUACUUAAUCUUUUAAUCUUGGCUUUUAUCUGUUGUUUUCAAUUCCCAGCAGUUAUCCCACUGCAGAGUGGGCUUGGAGGGACAUGCAUCAAUGAAAGGCUUAGUUUAAGGAGAGGAUUUUCUGUAAAAGCUUGUGAAAACUGAUAGCAGAGGAUGGACAUCUCUGAAUUUCCUACAGAAAACUCAGUAUAAUUAUAUCCAACAUUCCAAGUCAUAUUUUUAGUGCCACUAAUAGGGAGUGCUUUUCCUUCUAAUUUUAAAAAACAGUCCUCUCUGUCUUUUCCCCAGAAUAAUAGAGUUCCUUUUAUGAAACCUAAUUUUUCUCGGAGCUUAAUGAAAUGAGAGCUUAUUAACAGCCGUAGAUAGUUACUUUUAAACAAGAACCAUUUACAUGAGAUGGGAGAAGCCAGAAAUCAUUUCAUCCAGUAGAGCUCACUGAGGGAUUGCUUGGCCUGAGCUCUCUCCAAUUUUUAGAAGUCAAUCAGAUAAUGAGACUGUUGGUUCUUAUAAGAGGACUGUGAAACUGGAUAGGGUUGGAACAGAAACUGAAUUUGGAACAGUCUUUGUGAAAAGGAUGUAGUGGGGAGUAGAACAGGUGUUUUCUAUCUCUGGGCUCUUUUACACAGCUGAGGUUAUGUAGCUUUUGGAGUAAGCAGAAGUAGCCAGGGAUGCAAGACAUUCAAAGUGUAACCUGGAGCUUGUGGGAAGCCAAGGGCUCAGACUGCCACUGCUGUCUUUGAAUGCUCCCUGUGUCACUUGUGUGGUGCUGUCAGGUUUGGUGCUAUAGGUUUGGUGCUGUCAGAGCACUUACAGGUGCUGCACACACAAUAAUCUCUGCCACGUCUCUGCACUUUAAACCAGGCUCCUCUCUGUGAUGUGAGACUUGAAACAGGAGCUCUGCCCAGGGCAGGCCUUGUCCCCUCCCUUGUCACACACAUCAGUGUCUCCCCAUCACAUCUUGCUCCAACAAGCAUCAUUCCCUUGCCAGGGCCCAAGGCCAUGGUGGAGUUUCAGCCCCCUCCUGGUGACAGGAGCAGCCCUUUGGAUAAUUGCAGCUUUGUGAGUACAGAGCUCUGGAACUGCGUGGGACUGUUUGACUCCUGGGAGCUGAGCACAGAGCCAAGCCCAGCUGCUCCCCCAGCCCCUGGGCCAGGCUGCCUGGCAGCUCUCACCUGGCCCCAGGUUGUCUUUGUUGCUGUUGUCUCUUUUUGUCAAUGCAAGGAAGGACAAAGACUCUGAGUACCUAACGUGUCUUUAAAGCAAUUUUUGCUUAGUACCAUUCUUUCCAUAUCCAGGACCUCACUGGAAUAACCUAUUAACAUUUUAUUAAGGGCUAAAUUUUUCAAGCACAGGGAGAUAAUGUUCAUCACCAGACUAACCCUGUGUGGGCUUCACAUUUACAUCUGUGCUUGUAAGUGUGCAAAUGAGUGUGUAUGCACCAGGGCUGGCCUGAUGCACAAGGACACAUUGCACACCUUUUUUCUUCAAGUGCCUGUCUCAAACAGAUCUGCUUUCCAAUGCCUCAGAUGAUUUUCUCUAUCAGGGAAAUGAUUCCAGCUUGGUUU